UUGCACCAAAUCGCAUUACUCUCACUUUCACAUUGUCUUUCUCUUCUUCCUCUUCAUCUUACGAUGAAAGUUGUUUCGGAUGGCAUUGUUGUCGUGUUUGCCUUCUGCAUUGUACUUGGUUGUGGUUCGUUGGUAGUGGGGGAGGUGGCAAAGGUUAAGGAUGACAAGCAUUUGAUUCAUCCCCCUCAUCUGUUGGGGCCUGGGAUUAUCAAGAGAGGGUUUAAGCGCGGUGGAAUUGGUUUUGGUGGUGGUUUGGGAGGAGGAGGUGGCGUAGGUGGUGGUGCCGGGGGAGGAGGUGGUCUUGGUGGUGGUGGAGGUCUUGGAGGAGGUGCAGGUGGCGGACUUGGCGGGGGUGCUGGAUUUGGUGGAGGUGCUGGUGGAGGCCUUGGAGGUGGAGGUGGGCUUGGUGGUGGUGGUGGUCUGGGAGGUGGAGGUGGGCUUGGUCACGGAGUCGGUGGUGGUGGCGGACUUGGUCAUGGUGUGGGUGGAGGCAUUGGAGGAGGAGCAGGUGGUGGUGGUGGCUUAGGAGGUGGAGGUGGAGGUGGGCUUGGUGGUGGUGGUGGAGUUGGUCACGGUAUUGGUGGUGGCGUUGGAGGAGGAGCAGGUGGUGGUGGUGGUUUAGGAGGUGGAGGUGGGCUUGGUGGUGGUGGUGGUAUUGGGGGAGGAGCAGGUGGUGGUGGUGGUUUAGGAGGUGGAGGUGGGCUUGGUCAUGGUGUUGGUGGCGGCAUUGGAGGAGGAGCAGGUGGUGGGCUUGGUCAUGGUGUCGGUGGUGGCAUUGGAGGUGGAGCAGGAGGCGGUGGUGGUUUGGGAGGUGGUGGUGGUUUGGGAGGUGGUGGUGGCAUUGGAGGGGGAGCGGGUGGUGGUUUAGGAGGUGGUGGUGGCGUUGGAGGGGGAGCGGGUGGCGGCGGUGGACUUGGUCAUGGUGUGGGUGGAGGCAUUGGAGGAGGAGCGGGUGGUGGUGUAGGGGGAGGUGGUGGUGCUGGUGGAGGAGGUGGGUUUGGCGGUGGUGGUGGGGUUGGAGGUGGUGUAGGUGGAGGAGGAGGGUUUGGAGGUGGAGGUGGAGUUGGAGGAGGAAUCGGAGGAGGAGGAGGUGGGGGAUUUGGUGGCGGUGGUGGCUUUGGAAUUAGUGGUGGUUUUGGUGGUGGCGGUGGUGCUGGAUUUGGUGGUGGGCACUAAGUAGAAUGUAAGAGUGUUGAUAUAAAGUUGGUGUGCAAGAGUCACUGAAAUUGUUUUUUACCCAUUCCAUGUUUUCUUUAAAGAAAACAGUUGAUGCUUAUUAGAUUUGAAUUAGUUAUAUUUCAGUGGUUUCUACUCUUGUAUAUCAGAUGCUAUGCUGUAUACAUGUCUUCUUGUUUGUAUUAAUCAUGCAUCGGAAGCAAAGCUUUGUAAGUUGUACUAAUUUUUGCCAAUAAUAUACCAUUUUUAUGGCAGUGUAAGUUCAA